AUGACGAACGGACCAUGGGAUGGAUUGCGGGAGGUACGAAAACGCGUUGCCGAUGGUGAAAUUCGUCUUUCCGUGAGUGACAAGGGAGGGGAGUUCGUGGUUCUAACUCGUUCGCUAGACCGUGAAAUCACGGAACUCCACCUCAAUUAUACUUCUGUAUACGGUCACUCCACCGAAAAGGCAUUCCUCACCCAUUGUCACAAGCUGAAUACUUUGUGGGUGUCAAUUGGAAAGAUUGCAAAAUUAGANAGAACGUCUACGAGAGUGUGUACAGGCGAGGUGGAACGAGAGGAGUCACGUAAGCUAGCAUGCGAGAUCGCAGUCUUGAAUGGCUAUGGUACACAACACAGAUGGUCAGGCUGA